CCCCGGCUCCCGCCGCCACCUCCACCGCCCGCACCCGCCUCCUCGCGCGCUGCCUCGCUCCGCGCGCGCCGCUCCACAAGUGCCGCUGUCGCGCGGCGCGGAGCGGGCGCGGUGCGGCGCGGCCGGCGGCCCCCGCCCGCCCUCCCUGGCGCGGCGCGGCGCGGCGCGGCGCGGGGCUGUCCGCGGUGCUGAAGGCGAGCGCGGGCUGAGUGGCGCCGGCCCCUGACGGAGCCCCUUUAUGUUCAGCUCCUGGCGCAGCGCAGCAUCCAGCGGCUCGAGCGGCGGCGGCGGCGCUGAGCCGGGGCCGGGGCCGGGCGGCAGGAUGGGCGGCUUCAUCCGGCUGCUCUUCGGCUACUUGGCGGCGGACCUCCUCACGCUGGUGUGCCGGGCUCAGGAGAAAGCCGGCCAGCAGCUGGGGAGCUUCGUGGUGCUCUCGGCGGGGAACCACUCCAGCCUCGCGGAGCAGCUGGACCCCUCCGAGCCACCUCCCACCCCGGACUUCUGCAGGGGCUACUUCGACGUGAUGGGGCAGUGGGACCCCCCCUUCAACUGCAGCUCGGGGGAGUUCAUCUUCUGCUGCGGCACUUGUGGCUUCAGGUUUUGCUGCAAGUUCAAGAAGACGAGGCUGGAUCAAAGCACCUGCACAAACUACGAGACGCCGCUGUGGAUGAACACUGGGAAGCCUCCUUCCCGCAUCGACGACCCUCUGCACGACCCCACCAGGGAUAAGACCAACCUCAUUGUCUACAUUAUCUGUGGGGUUGUGGCAGUCAUGGUGCUGGUGGGCAUCUUCACCAAACUAGGGCUGGAGAAGGCGCACAGACCCCAGCGGGAGCACAUGUCCAGAGCUCUUGCUGAUGUUAUGCGACCUCAAGGUCCUUGUACAACAGAUCAUAUGGAAAGAGAUCUAAACAUUGUAGUACAUGUGCAACAUUAUGAAAACAUGGAGACAAGACCGCCUCCAAAUAAUUUACAUCCACCACAGAUGAAUAACGUCAUACCAACAUCUCCCCUCCUUCCUCAGAUGGCACAUCAACACUCAUAUCCCAGUCUGGGACAGAUCACAAACCCAUAUGAGCAACAGCCCCCAGGCAAGGAGCUUAAUAAGUAUGCCUCUCUAAAGGCUGUUGCUGACAAAGUCAAUGAUGACUUCUACUCUAAACGCCGACAUCUUGCAGAACUGGCUGCCAAGGGGAGUUUGCCACUCCAUCCAGUGCGCAUAGAGGAAGACAGAAUAUACGCAUCUGACAGCAGCACAGCCAAACAGAACGGGCAAAAAUCCAAAGUCACGAAGAUCCACACGCACCCAUUAGCUUACAAUACCCAUUACAAGACCUGGGAUCCCAACUACCACUCUCUUAGACGGCAAGCAUAUACAAACAAGGGGAAGUAUGGUGCAGGAGAUCCAACGUUAACCGAUCCACUGACAACUCGGAGUCAGCACUAUUUGGGCCCACAGCCAUACUUCAUAACUAACAGCAAGACAGAAGUAACUGUUUGA